AAAGUAGUUGUGUUAAGAUGGCGAAGUAUUUUUUAUUUUUUAUUGCGCUGCUGUUUUUUGUAGUACGAAAGGUUACUAGCUGUAGUUGUGGUUGUGGUCUUUCAUCCAAUCCAGCUUUCGACUAUGAUUACGGAAAUUUGGGGGUUAAAGUUUGCGACGAUUAUGCCAUUCCUCCGUUAGAAAUUCAGAAGCCUUUGUGUCCUCCGCCACCAUCAGUUUGUAAAGAACUUGGAAUAGGACCCCAGGCACCAUAUUACCCUGCGCCACCAUCUGGUUGCGGAGGAAGCUGGCUACCACUUCUACCAAGGUGUCUGCGAAAAAGAAUCAGAUACCCCUUUUGCAUCUCCAAAGCUAACCUCUACAAUCGAAGGCCGGCGUUAUCGAAGUUCAAUUCCUGCGGUUCUGGAUACUUAACACCAAGCUUGACACCCUUACAAACCUGUGGUUGCGGUUGUUGACUAGACUAAGUAUUCAGCACAGUUAUAAUGUGAACGUAAUUCUCAAAAAUUAGAAAUAAAUGGAAAUCGAGGACAUAUUUACGUUAACUCGGAAUCCUUGUGCAUAAUUUCGAAAAUGUGGUCUUUCCAGUCCGCUUUUUUUCUUGAUUGUGA